CAAUUUACCUCCCGGGGUAUCCGCGAAUAUCUCUGUCUUUUGUAAUUAUCCUACCUUUCCUUCGUUGAGGGUGGAUGUGCUGAUUGGCCGGCCUUGAAAAAAUGGACGAAUGCCUACCUACGAACCUUAGACAUCGAUGUGAGCGUGGCGGCCACACCUGAUGGUUGGGCCGACGCUAUCCGAGAAGACAAAUUCUGUCUCCCACACGAGAGCAUGAUGAAAAUGGGCGAGUUCAUCGAUAAAAUCGAAAAGCCGAGCAAGGACGAGGUGCUCUAUAUCCAGAAACAGAACUCGAACUUGGAAAGUGAGUUCAGUGAAUUGGAGGAUGACAUCUCCCCAAAGCUUCAGAAGUGGGGACAGCAAAUUUUCGGGACUCCUCCCGACGCCUGCAACUUCUGGAUGGGCGACGCAAGAGCCAUAACCUCCACGCACAAGGAUCAUUACGAGAAUCUCUAUUGCGUUAUACGCGGUUACAAGACAUUCACACUGUGUGCUCCCUAUUCCUGCAUGAGGAUACCGCACAGAUCGUGCAAGAAUUUCGCACACAACAGGAACGAGGAUGGUACUUGGACGCUGGAGCCUAUGGAAGGCGAGACCAUUUGGGCAUCGGGGAGUCCCCUCGAGUGGUCGACUGUUAAAAGCAUCAAAGUCAUCGUGAAACAGGGUGACGUUCUCUACCUCCCGUCGCUGUGGUUCCAUCAAGUGGAACAAUCUCACCAAUGCAUUGCGGUCAACUAUUGGUUUGACAUGCGUUUCGACUUGAAAUACUGUUAUUUCAAGAUGGCCGAGAGUUUGAACCCUUCUCUACGAUCGCUCUUGAAAGGAUACCAAGCUGAGGAGGAAGAAGAAUCAUCCACUCAUUCAUAAUUAUAAAUUAUUCAGUCGCCUCGCAUCGAGAGUGAAGAAACGGGACGUUUCUUU